GGAGCCGCUUCAGCUCGAUCACACUAUUCUCAGACACGACUUCUUCUUCUGGGGGGAAAACGAGAAACGAAACUCAGCGCAGCUGGUGACGGACUGACAACGGGAACCAAACAGGAAGUGGGCGGAGCUCUACGGACAGUCAUGCGGGUCUCCCGGGUCUCGGCCCGGCUCUACCUCAGCGAUCUGGACUCGGCGCUGAACCUCGGGGUGCUGACCGGCAGGAACGUCACGCUCAUCAUCAACGCCAGCGGGCGCCGGGACGUCUCCUACCCGGCGCUGGACGGCCUGCAGGUCCUCCACGUCCCCGUCCAGGACCAGCCCCACGCCCUGCUGAGUCCGUACUUCGACCCGGUUGGGGAGCGGAUCCAGCAGAACCGAGCUGGGUCCACUCUGGUCCACUGCACGGCGGGCCGGAGCCGCUCUCCUGCUCUGGUGAUGGCUUACCUGAUGAGAUUUGAAGGUCUGAGUCUGGGUCAGGCCUAUGAACGGGUUCUGGAGUGCCGGCCGUUUAUUCGACCCAACGCCGGGUUCUGGAGGCAGCUGAUUGAGUACGAGAGGAACCUGUCGGGUCGGAACACAGUGAGGAUGGUGAGUACAGCAGCUGGAGUUCUGCCUGAAGCCUUGCUGGACCUGGAUGGUACCAAGUACUGUGUGAACAUGUGACGUUGAACAGUUCUGACCCAGAACCAGAACUUUUGAAAGAUGAACACACAAAGACACAGAGGAGGUAAAAAAAAACAGACGAGACUUUAUUGAUAU